UCGGACAUGGACAUGCUUUCGUCUUGGGCUGCACAGUGGUCUUUCGAUACUUUGCACAGUGGAGACGACUUGGAAAGAAGACGGCGUUCCACUAUCGCAUUACUCCUUUCACAAAGCUCUCCUUAACCAUACGCGUCAGAUCGUGCCCAUCUUGGCUCUGGUCGGCUGUCACCCUGUGAACACUCCUUUCUUGGCUGCAUCAUGAGCUCUUCGAAAAAAAAGAACACCGAUAAAUCAAAGGGGAAAGCUGCUCCUAGCGACGCUUCACCAGUACCCUCCGAUGAUACUUCUACAGACCAGCCGGAAGAAGUGAAAACCAUCACAGCCCCUGAACCGGAAAAGCGCAAAAGGGGCCGUCAGCCCAAAAGUGCACAAGAAAACACAAAGGGCAAAGAAAACAUCAAAGGAAAAGACGUAGUUGAUAAUAAAAAAAAGGAGGAGCAGGAACCAGAAGAUGCACCGUCCCCCAAAAGGGCGAAAACUGAAGAGGACACUACACCCACUGAAGGCCGUGUUAAGCGCGAGCGAAAGGCUACAGUGCAUUACAACGUGGACGCCCCUUCUAAAGCUCCGAAGAAGAUUGAGAUACCUGAGGGAAAAGGACAGCCGCUGAAAGACAUUCAAGCCAUUCAUGAUGUGAUAACGACUACCCGCGCGAGCGACGAAGUAUUGAAAGGAUUCCAUAGUCUGAUUUGGGGAAGAGCUGCCCAUAAACAUCUCAAGCAGGACUUGUUGAACUUCAAGGGGUUUAACUUUCAAUCGGACAAGGAGCACGAUGUCGUUUUGCGCAAAUUAGAGAAAUGGAUGCUGACUGGGCUAAAGGAACUUUCUCACCUCCUUUGCCUCGAAUCUUCUGGAACCAAGGAAGUGAUCAUUGAAAGGAUAUUCAAGUUUUUACAAGAGCCAUCGGAGGAGGCUAUCAAGUCUGGUAGCAAAAAGAAGCAGUCUUCCAAAUCUGCAAAGAAAGAUGCUGCAAAAGAUGCCCCGAAAAAGCGUAUACCAAAGUCAAAGACAGCUUUUGAGGUCUUUGCUAAAGAGAAGCGUGACGAGGUCACAAAGGAGUUGGGCGAAGACGCAGAAAAGGACGCUAUCGACAAGCAGCUGAAUAAGCUCUUCCAAGGCUUAAGCGAAGAGCAGAAAACAGCAUAUGAGCAGAAGCUGGAAGCUUCAAAAGUCAAGGCCAAAAAAGACGAUGCCGUUAAAAAGGCAUCCGGCGACACCAAACCAAAAAAGCGAGCCGCACCUAGCAAAAAGGCAACGGAAGUUGUAGAAUCAGAAGAGGACGUGGAAAAUAAAAACAAAAACGAGGAAACGGCACCUGCGAAAAAAAGCAAACCCUCAAAGAAGAAAAAUGGAUCAUCCACUGGGCCGACAGAUGCUCAAAUUGAAAAAGAAAUUAAAAGUAUUCUCAAAGAUGCAAACCUCCAAGAUCUGACGUCAAAGAAGGUGCGUAGCCAUCUUCAAGAGGUCUUCAAUUGUGACCUUUCAGGAAAGAAGGAGUUCAUCAAAGAGAAGAUUGAUCAAUGGUUGGGGGAGCAGGAGUGAGUAAAGCGUAGCUAGAUGCAUUAGCUGGAUGUUGGCAGACUGGAAACUCGGUCAUGGACCGGGCGCUUUCAUGUACUAUAGUCUCGACGUCAGCCAUCUAUUGGCAUACCCUGCAAUCGGCUAAAUUGAAGGCAGCGGGCGUGAUUUAUAGGAAUAUUAAAAUAUUCUCUUCGUCGCAUUAGCA